AUGCCUGUUCGUCUGUCUGUCGCACUGCUUGUUGUGGCAUCUUGCUGGCUCUCCCGAGCUCUACAUAACCAUAUAGCGUUCAGCCCACUCCUGGGCCUUGGGGAGCAGUCACCAUUGGGCCGGGAAGCAGAGGCUCUCUCGUUCUCAUCGACGUGGCAACUUUUAGGCCCGUUCCGGACAGGAACGCGAGAGGCCACAUGGGGUGCAGACCCGUUGGAGAGAGUCGGGGGCUUUUCAAAUCUGAGUUACGAACCCAACGCGCUUUUCAAUAGCGUCCUUAGUAAAAAUGGCCAUAUAAAGUGGAGAACAAUACAUGCCAAUUCCACUCGCCUUUUUCCGGGAAGAAAACGCGCUGUCGUCGGUCUCGACAUAAGUUUCCCGGAUGCUGACUGGGCCUUUCUGCGAUCCAUAUACGGCUGGUCAGUGUUGCAGUAUCAAGCUUGGGCACGUGGUAACCUCACCCUACAUGGUUUUCUGGACCAGACUGUCGAGCUAGUUACGGAUGGCCUGUUAGAACUUAGAAUAGACGGAACUUGGUAUUUCGGCGGUGAUUUUUACGGCUAUCGAAGAGCUCCAAUCGUUGUGAAGCUGCAGCCAGGAAUGCAUGUGGUGGAAUUACGACUUGUUCGUGAUGUCCGCGCAUUAGGAGGUGUAGGAGACCCGACUAUCGAGGUACAGAUCGAAGCAAAAGUGUGCCACGAACGCCUCAAUGUCGAUACGAACAGCAUACUAGUAUCGGAAACUAUCCAUGGAAGACUUCCUAAUUCGUUGGCAUCGGUAAACAUCCGAAACGAUAUGGAUAGCCCAGUCGAAGUUCUAUGGAUCAGCUCUCUGGACUCGCAUUAUGAAGCAAUUAUGAAGGAAGAGAAAUUGCUGCUGGCACCGUAUCAAUCGCGCCCUCUUGUUUUUGAUAUAAUCCUCGGACAGUCUCCGAAUAUCGAGUUUUCAGUUGAGAUAGCAUACAGAUCGGUGAACGGAGGCAAUGACAUACAGACGACCAUACCUUUCAAAAUCAGCUUAGUGGAGAGAUCGCCGGCAGAUGCGCAAAGACUUACAUAUCUUCAUCCUGGGGGAGUGGUAUCAUAUGCGAUUCUCCGCCCUCCCCCCAGGUCUUCGACGUGCUUGUCGUCCCGGAGGCCUCUGCCGGUUCUCCUAAGUCUUCAUGGUGCAGGGGUUGAGGCAGAUAGUAAACAAGUCCGCGAGAUGUUGGAUGCUGCAUACGGACUAUGUGUCUGGAUGCUGUUUCCUAGUGGUAUCACUCCUUGGAGCGGGGAUGAUUGGCACACUUGGGGCAUUGCGGACAUUCACGCUUCACUGGACGCCAUACCUUCGUGGAUUGAGAACGUGGGAUGGGACGGCCCUGGAGUGGCCCUCAAUGACUGGAUCGUUAUCGGACAUUCUAAUGGAGCCGGCCCUUAUGCUGAUAUGCCAGACUACGUGCCUUUUAACUUGUGGCAGGAUGCAGAACCGCUGAUUUCAUCAGUUCUCCACAUCGCGAGAUCUUCUUACAAACAUGAGUUACUGUUAGAUAACCUUGCGGGUAUUCCAGUGAUGCAGCAGCAUGGUUCAGAAGAUGAUAAUGUUCCUGCAUAUCAUUCCCGUCUCAUGCAUGAGUUGAUGGCGUUUACCGGAUGGCCAUCUCACUACGAGGAACUUUCUGGAAAAGGUCACUGGUUUGAGGGAGUCAUGACGACCUCUGCCCUGCUGAGUUUCUACGAUACUAUUAUUUCACAGCAGCUGACUCCAUCCUUGCCUCUGGAAUUCUCUAUCGUUAUACCGCACUCCGGUGAUAUGGGAUCAAAAGGGGGGAUCUUCGUUGAUCAGCUUCAAACCCCGGAUCAAUAUGGUCGUAUCAAAGUCACGCGGAGUGCGAAGGAUGGGUUUUGGCGUCUCAAAAUGCACAAUAUUCGUCGAUUUCACUUUUCCCCAGAAGAGGCUCGGGUAGAAACACCCACUGCUCUUAUUUUAGAUGACAGGGAGGAGCCAUUUUUCGUUGACCUAGCCAACAGUGCACAAACUUAUUAUUUCAAAGAUCGCUUCGGAGAAUGGACAGCCUCGAAUGACACUAGAUGGCGGAAUAUAAACCAGAGAUAUGGCCGCCAAGUUGGCUCAAUGGAUGCUAUUUUACGCUCUUCAGGGCCGUUCAUCAUCAGAACUUGCUCCUCAGAUGGUAACCAUGUAGCAAGCCAGAUUAGCCGGAACCUUUUCCAAUACUUUGCAGCCGAUUCUCUACUCCUCGAUGGCUGCAAUGCGACAAAUGGCUCCUCCCCUGUUAUGGGCGUCGGUAAUCAAUCCGCUGAAGCAAAUAUCAUUACCAUUGCUUUGGGUGAUAUGAUGCCGCCUGCCGCCAGCGACGCAUUUCCCAUCUCGAUCAGCGGUGAUCGUCUUAGGCUUUACAAGGAAGACAUCCACGACGGGGACAACCACUCUUCUGGCUGUCAUCAAGAGGAUCUAUCGUAUGACUAUGAACUUGAGAGCGGGAUGGGAGCGUUGUUUCUCCGUCCACUAGAAGAAGAACGACUGGAGCUUGUGGUGUGGGGUGCAGAUGUAGCCGGUCUUGAACAUGCCGCACGCCUUGUCCCGGCGCUCACUGGUGUUGGGCAGCCGGAUUUUGUGAUAUUGAGUGCCAAAUGUCGCUGGAUGGGCCCGGCUGGUGUCUACGCCCUUGGCUUUUUCGAUCACUCGUGGCGGAUAUCAGCUGCAUCCUAUGUUGGUGGGUUUCCGAUCAAUGACAGGAGCCCCCAGGUACUUUAUUAA